ACCUUAUAAAAAAUAAAGUAGUAUUUUGUUUAGGGAACAGAAAAAGCAUCAAACGACCGAAACCGAAACCCAAGUGAAAACUAGUGUCUGAGACGGUGGAUUUCAUUUUUGAAACCAUCAAACUACCCCCCUGCCAUAGUUUUAUGAUUUAUUUUCUUCACCAAAUCCAAGUAUAAAUAUGCCCGCAACUUCAGCCACUCUCCAUUCAAAGCUACUUUAGUUAUUAAUUAAUCUGUUUACUAAGACUUUGCUGGAUAAAUAUUAUUGAAGAUGGCCAAGAGAAAUGUUGCUGGUAAUUCUUCUUUUGAGAAGACUAGCUUGGCUUCUAUGGAUCAAAAGUUGGCCAUGGCCAAGCGCUGUUCUCAUGAGGGCGUGAUGGCAGGAGCUAAGGCUGCAGCUGUUGCUAGCAUUGCCACUGCCAUUCCAACUCUGGCUAGUGUAAGGAUGCUUCCUUGGGCAAGAGCCAAUCUGAAUCACACUGCUCAAGCUCUCAUUAUUUCCACAGUGGCGGGAGCAGCAUAUUUCAUAGUAGCAGACAAGACCGUUUUGGCAACUGCAAGAAAGAACUCCUUCAACCCACCCUCCAAUGCAUGAAUUCCUAAUAAUGCAUAUCUUGGAUGUUGGAUUCGGCUGCACUAUGCAUUAACCCAAUCAUCAACUUAUCAUAUAUGUAAAUAUAUUUAUAAUAAGAAGCGUUUGCAUUUCAAUAUUGAGAUAGCAUAUGUGUACCAAUUAAGAGUUAACUAUAUCGAUCAAUGCAAAUCAUUAUUCA